AUGAAGGUCACCACCGUCUUACUCGCGGCCGUCGUCGUCCUCACCGGUGUCGACGCCCUCGGCAAGGGUGGCAAAGGUCGCAAGGGCGGCAAGGGCCGCAAGGACGGAUAUUACAGAGGCGGAAUCGAUAUGGGCCAGAAGAAGGAUCCCGAAGCUCGCAAGACGGAGUGUCCCAAGUCUAUCGGCUCUAGGGGCAGAUGCAACGGAACCUCCUGCCGCGUGAGGGGCGCCAACUACCCCUGCGUCUUUGGCAAAUGCACCGGUGACGGCGGCCGCGACGGCGCCUGCUGCGGCAUGCUAUCUUACGGCGUCCACGCGCGCUGCCCCAACGGGCUCACCGGCGAGAAAGAGAUGAUCAACGGCACGAUGGUGCCCGAGGACCGCGGCGGCUGGGGCUGGUGGGGCCACCCCGAGCUCCCCAUCGAGGACUGGUACACCAAGAAGGAGUGCAAGGCCAUCGGGCCCGACCUGAGCAAGAUGGGCGGCAUGAUGGGCGGCAGCGCCGCCGCCAUGACGCUUGCGGCGCAUUUCGAGGAGUUGCUCGCGGACGACUACGACACCGAGGUGAGGGCCGCCAUUGCGAAGGAUCCCGAGGCUGCCGCUGCGGCUGACGCUGCGGUUGCCGCUGCUGCUGCUGUUGAUGACGCCGAAGAUGAUGAGGAGGAGGAGGAGGAUGCUGCGGUCCGAAACGCUGAGGCCGAGGCCGGCGGCCCUCCCAAGAAGAAGAAGGAUCCCAAGGGCAAGAAGGAUCCUAAGGGCAAGAAGCCUCCCAAGGGCAAGACGCCCGAUUCCCAAGACGGCCCCCCUCUCACCGGGGACGAUCUAAAAAGAUCAAGGUGUGGCAAGCACCUUCAAAGCAAACACUAG